AUGUCGCUCGACACCCAAACCUACCUGGUCUCGUUACAGAGUAACAUUCGCCAGCGACCGAUUCCGUGGGAUGGCGCCGUCCGAGCGGGCACGUUGACGGAGGAGCAAUAUACCAAGAUCCGCGCCGUCGACAAGGCCAAGAAGCCAGAGCAGAGGAAGGAAAUUGUUGAGUCAGACUUCGAUGGCUACAGGCUGCUCUUUGUUGGCGCAUCUGGGAAGCCAAGCGUGCUCGAGUCCGCAUCUCAACACGCGAACGUAGUCCAGUACAUCCUUGUGCUGCUCUCGGACUUGCUCAAUGAUGUUCCCUCUCUCGCCAAAGCCCUCUUCGUAAAUAUUGAUCCAUACCGACACAUUAUCCCUCUUCUGAAGUCCACUACUGCGGAAGACCCAAUUCCUCUGCUCGCUGCCCAUGCUCUAACCGCACUUAUGGCCACUGCCCGCGACGAGUCUUCAUACACCGAGCAAGCGUUGCCUUUGAUAUUCAGCUAUCUUUCAGGCCUUGUUAAGAGUAGCGAUGCUGGCUUACAGGAUAUUGCUGUUCAAGAAUAUUCGUCCCUGCUCUUCGGACACAUCUCCAGAGAGCAAUUCUGGAACCAACGUAGCGAAACUAUUCAACCCUUGAUCAAGAUUCUACACAACGCAGCUGGUAUUGAGCACGGCAGCAACUCGUCUGCCAGCUUAUGGAGCGGUAAUACCACCGUUCGUAGCGAGGGCCAGAUUGGUGGUGGGGUUGGCCUUCAGUUGCUCUAUCACGUUCUCCUGGUCAUCUGGCAAAUAAGUUUCGAGUCGGAAGAGAUUGGCGAUGAACUUAGCAACGAGUACGACGUCAUUCUCCUUUACACGCAGCUUCUGCGACUAUCCCCCAAGGAAAAGACCACUCGUCUCAUCCUGUCUACGUUUUACAACCUCUUAGAAAAGAACCAAAGAUCUCUACUUCCCACGGCUGUGCUUGCCCGCCUACCCAGUGUGCUAGAGAAUCUAGGCAGCCGUCAUCUGACAGACCCGGAUCUCUUGGAAGAUCUAGAGGCUUUGAAGGAGAUGUUGGAAGAAUACACAAAGACAAAGACAACGUUUGACGAAUACGUCGCUGAAGUCCAAUCUGGUCAUCUGCGCUGGUCUCCACCACAUCGCAACACCGUUUUCUGGGCAGAGAAUGCUCGGAAGAUCCUCGACUUUGAGAAUGGGGAGAUUCCUCGGAAGCUGGCAGAGAUCAUGUCACAACCUUGGGAUAACGACAAGCAGGUUCUGGCCAUUGCCUGCAAUGAUGUUGGCUGUUUGGUCAAGGAGGUCCCUGAAAAGAGACACCAGCUAGAGAAGAUUGGUCUGAAGAGACGAGUGAUGGAGCUCAUGCAGUCAGAGGAUGAGAACGUUCGCUGGGAAAGCUUGCGAGCCCUCGGAGGGUGGCUCAAGUACAGCUUUGAGUCUUGA